AUGCCUCCGCGGGUGGCGAACAAGGCGUCGGGGGGUACCUCUGGGCCCGGCAGGAGGAUGGUAUCAAGCACGGGGAAGGGGAAGGCAAAGGCCGCCGCGGAUAAAGUGGCCGAAGAGAUUCCUGUUGUGGAUCUGGAGGAGGUGAAGACCCUGGUUGAUGUCGUCGAGUCGGUUCUGGAGCCAGAACCCGAGGCGAAUGGAUCUAUUGGUAUUUUUCGUUUGUCUUCGUUCAAUGUGCUUUCUUUGUUUAGUUUUACGUGAAACUUAUGAUUGUAUUUCUUUGAACAGGAUAUUUCCAUUGAUUUAUCCGGGUUCUUGGUGAUCUUUUAGCUAUGGGUUUGUCUCGUUCCGAUUUACCGAUAGUUUUAUUUUCUCUCCUGUAGAUGGCUUCGCUAGUUUCUUCCGACUCCUUUUUUAGUAGAAGCUACUAAUCUACUUGGAUUGUGUUGUUUUCUUUUAUAUCCAAGGGGACGUUUUUUUUGUACGGUCAUUUCUACGUCAUGACGAAUUCCUUUUGUUUCGCCAGAUGCUAUCGCCUUCAUUGCUUGCAACCCCAUUCAAGUUCAUUUAAUGUGUAAACUCUAAAUUAAGCUUUCCAGUUGAAUUUUUUCUCUCAAAUAUGCAAUGACACGGCGAAAUUUCCAUCCCCUUAACUUUUUUUUUAUGCCAGUCAGCUGAACGAAAUCCUGCUUAUACUGGACGAUUUAUGCACGGUUUUCAAUCUACGCUUUCCUUCCUUACUUGUUGCCCCAUGUAAUUGUCUAGAUGUGCAAUAAACGUGCGGUUUCUUGGGCCAGCAGGAGAAAACGUGAAGGAGGUUUAUAUUGAAGAAGAUAAUUGCGAAAGGUUAGAUCUUGACGACAAUGAUAUAGAGUUUGAUCCUGAAGAAGAACCUGACAUGGAGUAUGAUGAGAAGAGAAUAGAGAAUGAUGAUGAACAGGAAGAAGGUGACCGGGUUGAAGAGGGUGGUGGGGACAUUGAUGACGAUGAGGAGGAACGAGACAUGAUUGAAGAAAUAGACAGUGAUGGUGGGAACAUUGAAGGAGAAGAGGAUGACGAAAAUGUCGAAGAUGAACACGAGGAUGCUGUGGAAGAACAGGAGCAGCAUGACCUAGUUGCAGAACGUCGCAAGAGAAAGGAAUUUGAAAUUUUUGUUGGAGGCUUAGACAAGGAUUCUACAGAAGAGGAUCUUAAGAAGGUCUUCAGUGUUGUUGGCAAAGUGGUGGAAGUUCGGCUGAUGAAAAAUCCUCAGACGAAGAAAAAUAAGGGAUUUGCUUUCCUACGCUUUGCUACAGUGGAGCAGGCAAAGAGGGCUGUUGCAGAAUUGAAGAACCCAGUGGUAUUUUCUACAUCCGGAUGGAGUAUGAUAGAAAAAUUAUGAAACUUAUUAGAUUUCUCAUGGGUAUUCCUUUCUUGGUUUCAGAUCAAUGGUAAACAGUGUGGUGUCUCACCAAGCCAAGAUAAUGACACCCUUUUUCUGGGCAACAUAUGCCGGACAUGGACAAAAGAACAUGUAUAUUCUGCAUUUUUGUUGACGCUGUUAUAUUUAUGAGUCAUAAUCUCCUUACAAUUCUUUCAAUAUAAUUUCAGCUGAAAGACAAGUUGAAGCAAUAUGGUGUCGAAAAUAUUGAUGAUUUAACGUUAGUUGAAGACAGUAAUAAUGAAGGAAACAAUCGGGGGUUCGCUUUCUUGGAGUUUGCUUCUCGUACAGAUGCAAUGGAUGCCUACAGACGCCUGCAGAAGCAGGAUGUUGCAUUUGGAGUUGAUAGGAAUGCUAAAGUUUCUUUUGCUGAUUCUUUUAUUGAACCUGAUGAUGAGAUCAUGGCACAGGUUUGCAUCCAAAUUCUAAUGAAGCCACAUUUUUUUCCUCUGAUAUAUUAUUCCUUGUUCUCAAAAAAAAAUUCCCAUCAAAAGUUGGUGAUAUUUAAUUUUUCUUUGACUCUGUUUGGAGGAAACAUUAUCUCACAAUGUUGAACACAUUUUGACAGGUUAAAACCGUUUUUGUGGAUGGUUUGCCUGCCGCUUGGGAUGAGGAACGUAUCAGAGAUUAUCUCAAGAAAUUCGGGCAGAUUGAGAGGGUCGAACUUGCCCGGAAUAUGCCAGCAGCUAAGAGAAAAGAUUUUGGUUUUGUCACUUUUGAAACCCAUGAUUCUGCAGUCAAGUGUGCAGAAGCCAUCAAUAAUGCAGAGCUUGGUGAAGGAGACAAAAAGGUUUAUGGUUUUCUUUAUUCCAGCAUUCUGAAAGUUUCAUUUAGUCUGAUAGCUAUGUUACUGUAUAUGUUUUGUUUGCUACUCGACAUUUAAGGUUUUUCUUACCCUCUUUGUUGUUUCUUUACGUAUUUUAAUUUGGAUGCAUGUGGGGAUAUUCAGGUCAAAGUUAGGGCUCGGUUGUCUCGACCACGACGAAGAGGAAGAGGCUACCAUGGUUUCCAAGGUGAUUUACGGUAUGGUAGAUGGCCCCCAAGGGGUGGUCGCUUCUCAUGGACUCGACCUAUGCCUCAUAGAAUCCCAGGCAACGUCUUAAGACCAGGUCAUGGAGCGUUCACCAGAGGCCGUGGAGCAUUCAGAGGAGGCCGUGGACUAAGGAGACCAAUAGACGUCAGGGAUAGACGAUCAGUCAUGGAAGCAGCAGAGAGAGAUGGACACUUUCCUCCCAUUGAGCGUUCCUAUGAUAGAAGACUACCAAGUAAAUUUCUCUCUUUUGGUCUUAGUUAAAUGUUUGCUCCCAGUUGCCUAUUUUCUGUUGGAUUCUUAUGCAAUUAUUUAAAAAUUAGGUAACCCUUAUCCAAGGAGCAGCUCAAAGGGAGAUUUCAUUAGGCAUGAGGUUCCACCAAGAAGAAAAGCUGCUGCUGAUUACGAUUCAAGGGUUCCUGAAGGAAGACGCUCCUCUUAUCAGGAUGACUAUUUUUCCCGUGGACCAUCUGAUUACACCGGUGUAAGAAGUUCAUCUAGUACUGCUGUUAGACAGAGCUAUGGUGAUGAAGGGUAUGGACGUAGGUUUGAAAAGCUUCCUCCAACUUAUCGAGAAGCUCACAGUCGUGAUUACGAUUCCAUCUCUGGCUCUAAGCGUUCAUAUUCUAUGAUUGUAAGUCGUUUUAAGCAAUUGUCUGCUCCACAUUCUCUUUUUUAGGCUGCUGAUCGAUUCAUGUGAAUAGCAUUUUUUCACUGAUGGAUCUUUUCAGGAUGAUGCUCCUCCACACUAUGGUGAUGUUGGCAUUCGUCAGUCCAGACCUCGUUUGGAUUAUGGUAUCAGUGGCAGCAGUGCACAUUACGAUGAAUAUGGAGAAAGGUUGUUCUCACAUGUAUGUUUUAUCUGUACGUUGUUUGCUUUUCCAGGCACUUGACAACCUAUAUUUUGAUAACAGGCUUGGUCGAUCUGAUAUGGGAUAUGGCCGUGGUAGUCGUAGUUCUCUCUCCACUCAGGAGCCUCAUUCACCCUAUGGUAGCAAUCGUCGUGGCAGGGGUUACCCUCGAGGUAAGUGAAUUUUAUUAGUUUGUUGAAACACUUUUCUCCACCACGAAUACUUUAUUUAUUCCAGACCAUCUGGCCUUAGGUCUAUCCAGCAAUGGUGGAGGAAUGUAUUCAAGCUACAGCAGUGGAAGUUAUCUGUCACGAUCUGAUGUGUGUCUCUUUACCCUAUGCUUAUUGUUUUUAAAAGUUUUAUCUAUACGAGUUAUAUUUAAUCCUGUGUUGUGCCUCUUCUUAAGGUUGGUGGCGGUUCUUACACCUCACUGUAUUCUAAUCGUGGAUUGGGAGGUAGUGGGUAUCCUGGAGGCAGUGGAUCAGGAUCAUACUACUGA